AUGGAAUCGGAGCCGGCCGCGCUGCCCGAAGACGCGCUCGCCGAGGUCCUCCGGCGUCUCCCGCCGCACGUCCUGGCCGAGGCCCGGCGGGUGUGCAAGGCGUGGCGCGACGCCGUCGACGGCCGCCUGCGCGGCAACCUGCUUCCGCGCUCGGUGCGCGGCAUCUUCAUCAACUUCAGUCAGACUUUCUUCUCGGAGUUCUUCGCCCGCCCCUCGACGGGCCCGGCGAUUGACGGAGGGCUCGAUUUCCUGCCCUGCAUGGGCGUCAAGGUCACGGACCACUGCCACGGCCUUCUGCUUUGCUGCGAGUCGGGUGACGAUGCACUGCCGCGCGAGUACGUCGUCAACCCGGCCACGCGUCGGUGGGCGCGUCUGCCCAAACGCCCCCGGCCGCACAUGCCAGGAUUCGAGCAGACCGCCUACCUCGCAUUUGACCCUGUUGUCUCGCUGCACUACCAGGUCUUUCUGAUCCCACGCGCCCCACUGCCCUGUGACGGCGAAACCGACGGCGACAACCCGUUGCUCGAAUCGGAGUGGCCCCCUGCAUCAUACUUCAUCCAUGUGUUCUCGUCGGUGACUCAGCGAUGGGAGAAGACAACCUUCCUUCGGGAAGGGGAAGCUGCAGGGAUCGUCGCCAACAAGCAGUGGAAUUUGUGGUAUGAUCACUAUUGUUAUCAGUAUAGUUAUCAUGCCGUCUACCAGCACCAGCAAAGCGCGCUCUACAUCCAUUGCCGGCAUGGCUAUCUUACCAGAAUGUCCUUGUCAAAUCACACAUACAGAGUAAUUAAACUACCAGGUGCCAGUGAAUUGAUGCGAUAUCCCAAUCACCACCAUCUCGGGAGAUCGUUGAGAGGGGUGUAUUAUGCAAUACUUGAUGACCGGAAUCGACUUCAGGUUUGGUAUCUCAGUGAAUCAUGCGGUCGAAUAGAAUGGCUAUUAAAACAUGAUACCUGUCUUAAGACCUUUGAACAUGAUGACUAUGCUCAACAAGUGGGCAGACAAUGGAUCUUACAAGAUGUUAACUACCGUAAGUGGUGCUCUGAAGAUCCCGAGAAUCACAAAGUGACUGCGGAAGAGAAAUAUGAUUGGAACUCUGAUGAGGAUAACGUUAUUGACACUCAAAAUGUCAUUGAAGAGGUUGAAGACGUCGAUGGAGAUUAUUUCCUCCUUGGAUUUCAUCCUUACAAAGAGGUUGUCUUCUUGAUUUUCAUCUGCAAUAACAACCAGAGGAUUGGCCUAUGA